UGGGAAUUACAGAAGCAGAACCAUAGUGAGAAUAAGGAGCCCCGAAACCCUAAUUUGAGGGCCUGGUAUAUAAAUUACCCUCAAAACCCUAAUCGUUGUUUUUCUUUCCUCUAUUCUCUGUUACCUUUCUUCUCCUGCGGCGAAAAUGUCGAAGCGAGGGCGUGGAGGAAGUGCUGGAAACAAGUUCAGGAUGUCACUGGGUCUUCCAGUGGCAGCCGUGGUGAACUGUGCCGAUAACACAGGAGCAAAGAACCUGUACAUCAUUUCCGUAAAGGGAAUCAAGGGUAGGCUCAACAGGUUGCCAUCAGCUUGUGCUGGUGACAUGGUCAUGGCUACUGUCAAGAAGGGAAAGCCUGAUCUCCGUAAGAAGGUUAUGCCGGCUGUUAUUGUGAGGCAACGCAAGCCAUGGCGCCGAAAGGACGGUGUCUUCAUGUACUUUGAAGAUAAUGCUGGAGUUAUUGUCAAUCCCAAGGGUGAAAUGAAAGGAUCUGCUAUCACCGGUCCCAUUGCAAAGGAGUGUGCUGACUUAUGGCCAAGGAUUGCCAGUGCUGCCAAUGCCAUUGUCUAGAGAUUGUCAGUUCAGAUUUCAGUUCAGAUAAUCAGUUCAGAAGUUUGUUAAAUUUUGGUUUGCUAUAGUUGGUUUGCUAUAGUUCAAAUGUUUGUAGUUGGACAAAGGAACAAUGCGUUCGCAUAUGUGAAUUCAGCUUAUGAUUAGAUCUUAAAUACUCAGUACUUCGUUUUUGAUUCUGAUUGUCUUGUGAAAUGACCAUGUUUAUGUUUUAUUCUGA